AUAGGUAUAAUGUAUAUAUACCUCUCCACCUUUCUUCUUCCUGCAGAUAAAGCAGAUUACUUCAUCCUGCCCUGACAUCCAACACAAUGGCAUCCUUCACGCUGUGGCUGUUCCUGGUGGCUGUGUGGCUUCCGUUCUUUCUUGCAAAUGGACAGGAUCCAGCUUUUGGCACUUUGUCAACCGCCCACAAGGAAGUCCAAAUCAAGAUUGUAGACAAACACAAUGACCUAAGGAGGACGGUCUCUCCACCUGCCAGUAACAUGCUCAAAAUGCAAUGGGACAGCAAAGCAGCCGCAAACGCCCAAAACUGGGCAAAUCAGUGCCUGUACAAACACAGUAAGGCCAAGGACAGAACAAUCGGUACGAGGCAAUGUGGUGAGAAUCUCUUUAUGUCAAGUAGCCCGACUUCCUGGUCAAAUGCAAUCCAAAGCUGGUAUGAUGAGAUCAAUGAUUUUACCUAUGGCGUAGGGCCAAAGCGUCCCCAAGCAGUAGUUGGACAUCUUACCCAGGUUGUUUGGUACUCAUCUUUCCGUGUUGGAUGUGGAAUAGCCUACUGCCCCAAUCAACGUAUUCUGAAAUACUUCUAUGUUUGCCAGUAUUGUCCUGCUGGUAAUAUUAUUGACAGACAAUAUGUCCCUUACCUACAAGGAACACGAUGUGCCAGCUGUCCCAAACAUUGUGACAAUGGACUAUGCACCAACAGUUGUGAGUACGACAACACCUAUGCUAACUGUGAUUCUCUGAAGAAACAAUGGACCUGUAACGUUCCUUUUGUGAAGAAUAAUUGCAAGGCUGCCUGCAAGUGUUCGGACAAAAUUUAUUAAAAGCCCAGUACAGACGAAGCAGGGCUGCGUGCGGGAGGGCUGCAUCACCCGCGUGGACUUGACGUUUGCUAACGAGGAAAUCACAGACACGUUAGCUACCACUUUGAUUCCAAAUAGUAAUAAGUCUUUGUCUCCCGAUCUGCUUUUCAUUUUACAGGAUUAUUUUUUUUCAUACAAAAGGUUAAAAAAUAAGCUCAUCUAUGACAACAACUUUGGAUUUUGAUAAAAAAUCGGGCGAUUUCAAUUUCAUGAAUUUAAUCAAGUUGAGGACUCUGAAAGUUGUUGUCUCUUACAAUGAAGUUCACUAGAAACCGGAACUGAAAUUGAGAACCACGUAUAAAAUAAACAAGCUGCAAGGAUAUACCAUACAGCACAGGGGGUCUAGCUAAUAUUCUAUACUAACUAUAAAUGGUGUAUAACCCUUAAAAAUAGUGAAUCACUAUGUUGCACACCCGAAACUUGUAUUGUACAUCAACUAUACCUCGAUUUUAGAAAAAAGACUGGGGAGGAGGUGAGAAGUUAAACCAGAAAACGUGGGGGCCCCAAGGCCUGGGAAAUGGAAUGGAGUCUGAUUGAGAACUCACUUUUCAGCUCCUACAGGCAACCCCCAGGACCAGCUGGCCUGCCAGCCUAGGGUGGUUCUCCCACCUCCCAGGCUCCCUUCUCCUUCCCCAUCUCUCAAAACCCUGCCUUGCAGCCCUUGGGUGGAGGGUAACCUGGUGCUGGGAAAGAGCUGGGUCCAAAAAAAAACAGGAGAGAAAGAGAGAAAGAAAGAAAAGAAAGAAAGAGAAAAAGGAAGGAAG